AUGAUUAUAUCCCAACUCUUCCACCUCCUCCUGGUAAUAUGGUGCGCAUUCACCAGCGCCCGAGAACCAUACGACCUGUCUAUACGACGCGACCCGCAAGGUCCUUUAGGCGUGAGACUCGAUUACGCCUUCGCAACCAACUGGCCGACAUCAAUCAACGCCAUCCCCGGCCGAAAGACCCGCCGGAAUUGGUUAUGGAGUAGCCACCUCACAUUCAACAGCCCAGUCAGCACCAUCACCGACGCACAACUCUGGCAAAUGGCACUCGAUGGGUACAACGAGAUCCAAGAUGAUAUGGACCUGUACAGCAUUACCGGAAGGAAUAACAAGCCCAACGCCUUGACAGUCCUCGCUUUCGAGGACGAAAUUAUCAUAGCGUCUUCGCAGAGGGGAGAGACUUCUUUUUCGUAUAACUUUGCCAACACAGAGGUUCUCAAGACUCUUCAGCUUUGCCAGAUUAUGUGGAAGGAUGAUACAGGAGAGGAUUUGCAGCAUAGACGAGAAGAAAAAUUUGGUGAGGUAAUGGCUGCGCAUAUGUAUUAUACGAUACAUAACGCUCCGCUGGUUGAUCAGAAGGCAAGAGUUGCUACGGUUAUGUGGGACAGCGUGGAAGCUAAGCUCAAGCAAGUUGAUCCUUGUGGAAAUCCUCAGAAUAAAAUCUGGGGAUGCGACUUGUUUGCUAAGACAUAUGGAAUGGCAGAGUUGAACAUCAACAUUACGCCAGAGUCAUACGAUCUGAGCACUAUCGCAGGGGGGCUAUCAAUCAAGGACCAGAUUCAGUUAUGUACCUCUUAG